GUAGGAGAACUCCCAGAACAGCAGCUGCGAAGCCGCGGGAACAAUCGCCACAACAUCCCUGAUGUCCUAUCGCGACGUCUGGGCGUUGAUCAGCAUGGCGUGCAAGCGGACCCUGCUCUGACAUGCCGGCGGUGUUUUCCAUUCCUGAUUCAGUAGCACAGGGCAGGCCCACGAGCCGCCCUUCCCCCUGGGUACCCAUCGAAUCGAGACUCGCUUGAGUGUGGGCUGACUCAACUUGGCUGGUACCCAAGGGCCCGGGUACGAAGUAUAUGGAGCCAAAACCCGCCGGAUUCUUCAGAAACCUGGGGGUGAACCAGAUUUGCCCGAAUUCACGCCUUCACCAUGGCUUCAAGGCACGAACGUGAGAACCGAGGACCUGAACUGCAGGCGGUGUGCUCAACGUUCGUCUCUCUUGCAUUCAUAACCACUGUCCUGCGAGUUUACGUACGAGCCCGCAUCGUUAAAGCUUUCGGAGCGGACGACUGGUGGAUGGUGGUCGCAUUGUGUGCUCAUGUUAUGUUUGCUACUUGCGCAAUUGGCGGUAUCCACUAUGGCACUGGACGCCACAUGGACACACUGUCGGGUGAGCAACAGUACAAAGCAAUGAGGUACUGGUGGCUUUGCUACAUCGCAUACUGCUGGGCGAUGAUUACGUCAAAGAUGUCCAUCGGCUUGUUCCUUCUUCGUGUCACUGUCAAGAAACUGCACAAGUACAUAAUCUACGCUGCGAUGGGCCUCACAGUAAUCUGUGGCCUCGUCUUCUUCUUCGUCACCCUCUUCCAGUGCCACCCGAUUAGCUUCUUCUGGGACAAGAACAUCCCAGGAGGGACUUGCAUUAACGUAGACGUCAUCAUCGGUCUUACGUUCCUGUACAGUGCAAUCUCGGUCAUUAGCGACUUCACGUUCGCUAUUCUACCCUUCUUCCUCAUUUGGGGCUUGAACAUGUCCGUCAAGACCAGGGUCCUUCUGAUUCCUAUUCUCGGGAUGGCCUGCGUUGCCAGUGUCGCAGUCUGCGUGCGCAUGGGUUACGUUAUGGAUUUCAAGAACCCAGACUUCCUCUGGGCCACUGUCGAUAUAGCAAUCUGGUCGGACAUCGAACAGGGUCUCGCCAUCACGGCUGGUUCCCUCGCUACUCUCCGUCCCCUUUGGCGACAAGUUUCCGAGAAAUUCGGAUUCAGCAACUCCUCCUUCGGCCCGUCACGUCCUUCUGGCAUGCGAACACCACAAUGGGUCAACGACCCCAACAGAGAAUCGAAAAAGAAGCCCAGCCUCUUCAGCAUGACAAUGUCUCUGCUGAAGACUGAGAAGGGAGCGUCCACGAAGUCGGAGAUCGACCAGGACUACGGCAUGGGCAACCUCCAGCCAGUCAGGCUCCGCGACGAUCUGUCUGCCGAAAACGAGAAGAGCGACAAGGUGUUUAACACUUGGAGAAUAAAGGGCGGAGGGAAGGUAUCUGACGAGGAAUGCAGAGUUGGAGAAAUCACUAUGGAGACGCACAUCAACCAGAAGAACGAGAGACGGUAGCAAUGGAAGGCGCAGCUGUAGUGGACAGCGAACGAUAUGAACGACCUUGUUAUUAGCUAAUUUAGAUUCAUGAUACCAUCCUCAUGGCGGCGCGAGCCAGUCAAAACCAAUACAAAAAAAAAGGAUAUUCACACAG